AUGAUCUUGUGUUUAUAUUUCACAGCGGAGACCAAAAUAUGUUUCAAAUAUUACCAUGGAGUGAGUGGAGCAUUGAGGGCCAUAACACCCUGCAUCACUGUCAAGAACCCUGGAGUUACAGUCGGGGCAGAAGGGCAGGUGGAUGGACAGUCUGUCACAGAACACUGCAGGAAAUUGGUCAGCUUUACUCUGUCAGAUAUCAGGGCUCAGGGUCUGAAGAAGGGCAUGUUUUUUAAUCCGGACCCCUAUCUGAAGAUGAGCAUUCACCCUGGUAAGAGGCACGGCUUCCCUACAUUCACCCACCACGGCCAGGAGAGACGAACCUCCAUCAUAUCAAACACGACUAACCCUGCGUGGCACGGAGAGAAGUACACUUUUGUUGGUCUGAUGACGGAUGUUUUGGAAAUUGAGGUCAAGGACAAAUUUGCAAAAAGUCGCCCAAUCAUCAAACGCUUUUUAGGUCAGCUGACAAUACCAGUGCAGAGACUGCUGGAGAGACAUACAGCCGGGGAUCAACAUGUGAGCUACACACUUUCACGUCGUCUACCGACAGAACAUGUGAGCGGACAGCUUCACUUCAGGGUGGAGAUCACCUCCAACGGACAUGAAGAUGCCAUGGGAUCUCUGCUGGGAGCCUCCUCUAUGAACGGAGAUCCUGGGAGCCCAUCGGAUGAUGAGGAUGUUUUGCAUCCUUCAUCCCGCAUUGCCAGGGGCCCCUCGCCCACCGGCUCUGAAGGGUCCCUGCACGGUGACACCUUUAGGACUGACGAGUGCAUGAUGGACCCUGAUGAGGAUCGGCUCUUGAGAGACGGAGCUCCAGAGUCUAUCGAAGGAACCCCGCGCCACACUCAUCGCCAGGCCUCGCUUAACGACUACCUGGAUGCCGUUGAAGCCCCUAAGGGCCCCGGAGACAGACCGCUUGGGGCCGCCUCACCUAAACUACGCUCAAGUUUCCCCACGGACACACGGCUCAAUGCUAUGUUACAUAUAGAUUCUGAUGAAGAUGAGGAGGGACACGCCUCCCAGGAUAUGACAUUGACCAAUGGCGCUCAGCGGCCUGAUGGACACACCUCCUCUGAACAGGACAAAGGGGAGGGUCCCGUGAAAGAGAGGCUUGAAGCAGAAGUAGCGAGCAGCGCCACAGAUACAGAGGCCACAGCAUCAGGGUCGAGCAGUGCCACCACAACGAGCCAAAAUGGAGGUGCUGAGGAUGGUCAGGAAGGAGCUGCUGCCUCUGGAGACUCGACACAGAGCACCAGCAGCGCUCAGCAACCAGCUCCCAAAAUACAGGUCUCCAGAGACAGACGCACAGAUACAGAGGCCACAGCAUCAGGGUCGAGCAGUGCCACCACAACGAGCCAAAAUGGAGGUGCUGAGGAUGGUCAGGAAGGAGCUGCUGCCUCUGGAGACUCGACACAGAGCACCAGCAGCGCUCAGCAACCAGCUCCCAAAAUACAGGAUGAGGAAGGAGUUGCACCCAAGGUGAUCACUGGGGAAGAAGAGGCCGCUACAGUCACAGAGUCCUCAGCAUCUGCCAGCAAUGCAGCUAGUGAAGGGGGCGGAGCCACAGCAGUUAAACAGCCGGAGCAGGGAAACUCCAGCUGA